AUACUUCACUUCAAUGCAAUAAAACACUAUAAAUAUAUCAACAAAAAUAAUCCCUAAUUCCUUACAAUCUCCUUUAAGGCCGAUUAAUAUUUUCUCUAAUUACAAUCAACCAUAGCCUAGAACUGCUAGGGAAAAAAACACACACACCAUGGAUUCCCAACAGGAGCUGAAUCACCCAAUAUUGAAUAACUCCAUGGAUGAUGAUCAUCAGCACCUGCUACCCUCGGACGGCUCAUCAGGAGCUAGUCAUGGCCAUGAGGUCGACUCUGGACUCGAGAAAGUUUUGUCGGACACCGAACUGCCUUUCUUCAAGCGUCUCCGAUUGGCCACGUUGAUUGAAAUGAAGCUCCUUUUCCGUCUGGCAGCACCGGCGGUGUUUGUUUAUAUGAUCAACAAUGCUAUGUCCUUAUCCACUCGUGUUUUCUGUGGUCAUCUAGGCAAUCUUGAGCUUGCCGCUGCCUCUCUUGGCAACAGCGGCAUCCAACUCCUUGCUUAUGGUCUCAUGCUAGGGAUGGGGAGUGCUGUAGAGACUCUAUGCGGGCAAGCUUAUGGGGCGCUUAGAUACGACAUGUUAGGGAUUUAUCUUCAGAGAUCAACCAUUGUCCUUACACUAACAGGGAUCCCGCUGAUGUUGGCCUAUAUCUUUUCCAAGCCAAUCUUGAUGUUACUAGGCGAGCCGGCGGAGGUUGCAUCAGCGGCUGCUGUUUUUGUCUACGGUUUGAUCCCACAAAUCUUUGCUUACGCUGCCAACUUCCCCAUACAAAAGUUCCUUCAAUCUCAAAGCAUUGUGAUUCCCAGUGCAUACAUAUCAGCUGCGACACUUGUGCUGCACCUCGUGCUAAGUUGGCUCGCAGUUUACAAGAUAGGGUUGGGUUUGAUAGGUGCAUCUCUGGUGCUCAGCUUGUCGUGGUGGAUCAUAGUGGGGGCCCAAAUGGUGUAUAUCUUGACAAGUGACAAGUGUAGGCUUACAUGGUCUGGGCUGAGUUCGCAGGCCUUUUCUGGGCUAUGGGAUUUCUUGAAGUUAUCGGCUGCUUCGGCCGUCAUGCUGUGCUUGGAGACUUGGUACUUUCAGAUACUGGUCUUGAUCGCUGGUUUGCUGGAGAAUCCUGAGCUUGCACUCGACUCCCUUUCUAUCUGCAUGUCUAUAUCUGGAUUGAUGUUCAUGAUUUCUGUCGGGUUCAAUGCAGCUGCAAGUGUUAGGGUCAGCAACGAGCUCGGAUCGGAACAUCCCAAGUCGGCGGCAUUCACGGUUGCUGUCGUGACUUUGGUCUCCCUCAUAAUUGCUGUAGUGGAAGCUGUCAUUGUAUUAGCUCUGCGAGAUGUUAUAAGCUAUGCAUUUACGGAAGGUGAGACGGUGGCAAAAGCAGUCUCGGACCUAUGCCCAUUCUUGGCUGUCACUCUUAUCCUUAAUGGGAUUCAACCUGUUUUGUCUGGGGUGGCUGUUGGAUGUGGAUGGCAAGCAUUUGUAGCCUAUGUAAACGUGGGAUGCUAUUACGUUGUUGGGAUUCCCUUGGGCUGUGUUCUCGGCUUCAAGAACGACCUAGGUGCAAAGGGAAUAUGGUCCGGGAUGAUAGGAGGAACAAUGAUGCAAACCCUCAUUUUAUUGUGGGUGACAUUUACAACAGAUUGGAACAAAGAGGUGGAGAUAGCAAGGAGGCGGUUGGACAGAUGGGAAGACAAGAAGCAGCCACUUCUUAAGAACUGAUUGUUGAAAACAGAAUUAAGCUUUUGCCAGCAAAUGCAAUAAAUAAAUUGGUUUAGCCACCACCUGUAAUACGUCAUAUCACCAAAUUAAAGCUAAAGAUGAUAAGCAGUAAGCACUGAGAAUCCGGAUAACCCAAUAUAUGCUGCUAUACACCUACCAAGUCAUUUUGGUUCUACUACCGUCAAAUGUGUUCCCGGUUCUGUUCUUCAAGCUAUAUGGAAUUUUCAUGCGAAUUGCUUAACAAAACAAUCUAAGUAAUGAGUAAAUUUAUGGUGGAA